GCGAUGUCGACCGAGAAGAAGGAAAACGCGACGAUGGCGCAUGUGGCGGUCUAUCAUGUGUCGUUGGCGUACAACCUGAUCAUGAACAAAGCCACGUCGCGGACGUGGUGGACGCGCAUCACGGACAAUCUCAUUCUCGGUGCUCUGCCGCUCCGCGAUCGAGGGCAUCUCGCACAGCUUAAAGAGGAGGAACGUGUGGCCGCUGUUGUGACGAUGAACCAGCCGUACGAACUCCAGCCGUCGAUCCUCGGAAUUCCAGUCUCUCCAGAUGACUGGCACGACGCGGGGAUUGCCCAAUGUUUCGGGCACACGCAGGACUUUUCACCACCGACACUUGCAACGCUCAUCGAAUGCGUCGAGUUCACCAAGCAGCACAUUGACCAAGGAGACACAGUGUACGUCCACUGCAAAGCAGGCCGAGGGCGGAGCACAAUCGUUGUGGCAGCGUACCUCAUGCAAGCGAACGGAUGGCCUGUCGACGAAGCACUCGCAUUCAUCAAAGCCAAAAGGCCGCACAUAGCCUUGCAAAAGCCACUACUCCACGAAUACAGCAAGCACCUUGCAGCCCAACAUACCGACGUCAGCAAGGUCUAAUCAACGCAAUGUGGAUGCUCCAUGUGAGUCGCACGGCUUCGUCUGUUUUUCGCAGCUCGACAUGACGGUCACUUGGCGGCACUCGC